GGUUGGGAGAAGCGUUAAAAGAAGCGCUAAGCCGGCUCCGGGGAGCGGGUCGAAGAACGGGUGGGGGGGCUAAUGAUGGCAGGCGCCGCUCGUCAGUCCGUACCGCAGUGAAGGUGUGACCGAGUAGGGCUGAUGUCAUGACCUGCGCACUACUCCUCCUGCGACACGUCAAAUCAGGCGGCGGCUCUCCCCCUUCCCCCCCCGCUCACAUAAGAAAAUAAACAGAGACAAUAAGAAAGCUCCUACCUUUCCCUUCCCUUUCGCAAUGGCUUCGCGGGGAGGCGAGGUCCAUUUUCGAGGGGUGAGAAAGCGGCCAUGGGGACGCUAUGCGGCGGAGAUUCGCGACCCGUGGAAGAGAACGCGGGGGUGGUUGGGGGCUUUGGGGACUUUCGAUACGCCGGAAGAAGCCGCCGCCGCUUACGAUCAGGCGGCGCGCGCGCUGCGCGGGCCGAAGGCGAAGACUAACUUCCCUUCUCCUCCUCCUCCGCCGCCGCCGCCGCCUAUUCGUCUUCAGCUUGAUCUAAACCAACUGCCGUGUCACCUCCGGUCACACUACGCGCUUGCUUCUCCGCCACCUCCGCCACCUCCGCCGGCGCCCCGCCGGCCACCGCGCUGCUUCUCGGAAGCUUUCUGCAAUGCGAACCUUCGCCGGUUGGGGAACCGCAGCGGGGUCUUCCCUUCGAUCUCAACGAGCCUCCGCCACCUCUGCCGCCGCACCCUGCGGCGUCGCUUCGAUUUUGUUGACUUAUCUCUUUAAUUUUCUGCUGUUUUUGGUUGGUCUGGUGAGCUGAUGGCUGUAUAUACUUAUGAAGUGAAAAAAAAAGAAGUUUUUUUUUUUGUUUGAGAAUGUUAGCGAUCAUACAGACAGUGCAGCUGUGUUUUGCUUAAUUGAUAUGAUUGUGGUUUUUUUAGGAUUAAUGGUGUUGUUUCAAGCUCUCGUGUCUCUAGAAAUUGCUAUCGGCUCUCUGGCUGAUGAGCAUAACAGCAGUCUGCAGAGCUGGACGAGGGAACUUCAUGGCUAAAGUCUAUUUAUGGCAAAGAGUUGUAAUUGUUUCUGAUUAAUAGUAUUAUGCAAAUCCACAACACCAAUAAGGAGGGUUUUCAGAUCUAUGGUUCUUCUUUCUAUUUCUAUGUUUCUUUACA